UAUAUUCAGAUAAGCUGACAGCAAUAGAAUUCGGCAAAUAUAAAGAACGGUUUCAGUUGCUCGUUGAAAUUUCAUCCGAAUAGUCAAAAGUGCUCCAUCAUGAAGCGUUUAGUUUUGGUGUUGCUGGUGACAGCUUUAUCGUUUUCAUACGCCAAAUACUGUAAAAUCAGCGAUGGAAACCGUUUGCAUUUGAUUUGUUCACCAGAAGACACCAAACCGAUUCACGUCAUCAAUGAUGACAAUAUCGGAUGUGAAAAUGAAACGGAAAUGACUCCCCGGAACAACAUCAUAACCGUUGAUAUCGCGACUUGCACCUUUGACGAUUACAAUUUGUUCCCGAACUUCACCGAACUAAAAUUCUCCUUUUUUCACGAAACGAAAUCGUUGCAAAAGCACGCCUUCAUUGGAAUGGAUCAGGUAAAAAGUAUUUCGAUUGGAUACUCGAAUGCUGAGGUUUUAGAUGCGGCUUUUUCCGAUUUGCCUAAUCUGCGACGAGUGGUCAUCAAUGACAAUAAGUUGAAACUGAGUGAUUUAGCAUUCGAGAGUGCACAUCAAUUGAAAUUUUUAACUUUAUUGGAUUGGGGUCGGUCAUCGUUGCCCACGAGAUUUUUUCGUGACUUGAACAAUUUGGAAUACUUGAGCCUUGGUCGACAUUUCGAAACUUUGAGUGACAUCGAUUUCUUCGGAUUGGAAAAUGUGAAAUUGUUACAUUUGAAUAUGAAUCAUGUGAAAAAUUUGACUGGAAACUCGUUUGACCAUUUGAAGAUGCUGAAGUACUUGUAUCUCGAUUACAAUCGGCUCAGUGACAUCGGUACCACGGCCUUCUCGAAAUUGCAAAAUUUGAUUUUCUUGAAUUUGGAAGGUAAUCAGAUCCAGCAGCUGAAAGUCGGUGCUUUCGAUGGACUGAGCAGUCUCAGGUGUCUAUUUUUGUAUAACAAUUAUAUACGCAACAUCGAGGCUGGUGCAUUUUCGAGCUUGGGGAAUUUAAAGAAACUGGAUUUAACAAACAAUCGACUAACCUCACUGCCCGAAAACACUUUCAAGGGACUCGUAAGUCUGCAAUAUCUGAGCUUGAGGGAGAACUCAAUAUCGACCAUGGAUGUCAAUGCAUUUGCUGUUUUGCCUAAACUAGUCCAAUUGGACUUGAGCAGACAAGUGGGAUGGCCUCUUCCGAAUCUCGAGUCCAUUGAUCUGAAUGCAUUUCCACAGUUCAUAGAUUUGCAAACAAAGGCGGUAGUUCGAGCUCGAAUCAACGACGACGCAGACGAUUUCGAGAAGGAAGAAUUGAACGGGAUCAAAGAUAUACUUUCGUUUGAGGAUGAUGAUUCUGAUUACCGUUUCUAUAAAACGAAAUUCUUCGGUAGUUUUGAACUGAACAAAAAUGAUUAUCCACAAGCCAAUUUUAGUAGUUUGUCGAAUAUUUCGCAGAACGCGUCCACAGAAUCGUUAAUAAUCGGUAAUUUGGAUUUGUCGGACAACCCUAUCACUUUUGUAAAUUUGACGAAAAAUUGAAGCAAUUAAUAAAAGUCACUUCGCAUUAGAU